AUGGCCCCGGGGACCCGGCCGCCGCCGCCGCCGCCGCCGCCGCUGCUGCUGCUCCUCCCGCUGCUGCUCCUCCCGCCGCCCGCGACGUGGGCGCUCGUCCCCCGGAUCAGCCUGCCGCUGGACUCUGAAGAGCGACCAGUCUUCAGAUUCCAAGCCGAAAACGUCUCCAACUACUCAGCCCUUCUGCUGAGCAGCGACGGGGGGACCCUGUAUGUGGGGGCCCGGGAAGCCCUCUUUGCGCUCAACAGCAGCGCCAGCUUCCUGCCAGGCGGGGAGUACCAGGAGCUGCUCUGGAGCGCAGAUGCCGAGAGGAAGUACCAGUGCAGCUUCAAGGGCAAGGACCCGCAGCGUGACUGUCAGAACUACAUCAAGAUCCUCCUGCCCCUCAACAGCAGCCACCUGUUCACCUGCGGCACCGGGGCCUUCAGCCCGCUCUGCGCCUACAUCAGUGUAGAGAGCUUCACGCUGGCACAGGACGAGGCGGGGAAAGUUCUCCUGGAAGAUGGCAAGGGCCGUUGCCCCUUUGACCCCAAUUUCAAGUCCACGGCCCUCAUGGUUGAUGGCGAGCUCUACACUGGAACAGUGGGCAACUUCCAGGGGAACGACCCGGCCAUCUCCCGGAGCCACAGCCGCCGCCCCAUCAAGACCGAAGGCUCCCUCAACUGGCUGCAAGACCCGGCGUUCGUGGCCUCGGCCUACAUUCCCGAGAGCCUGGGCAGCGCGCAGGGGGACGACGACAAGAUCUACUUCUUCUUCAGCGAGACCGGCCAGGAGUUCGAGUUUUUCGAGAACACCAUCGUGUCCCGCAUCGCCCGCAUCUGCAAGGGCGACGAGGGCGGCGGGCGGAUCCUGCAGCAGCGCUGGACGUCCUUCCUGAAGGCGCAGCUGCUGUGCCUGCGGCCCGGCGACGGCUUCCCCUUCAACGUGCUGCAGGACGUCUUCACGCUGAGCCCCGGUCCCGAGGACUGGCGGGACACGCUUUUCUACGGGGUCUUCACGUCCCAGUGGCACCGAGGGACCACGGAGGGCUCCGCCGUCUGCGUCUUCAGCAUGAGGGACGUGCAGAGGGCCUUCGACGGCUUCUACAAGGCGGUGAACCGCGAGACGCUGCAGUGGUACACCGUGGCCUACGAGGUGCCCACGCCCCGGCCCGGCUCGUGCAUCACCAACAGCACCCGGGAGAGAAGGAUCAACUCAUCCCUGCAGCUCCCCGACCGCGUGCUCAACUUCCUCAAGGACCACUUCCUGAUGGACGGGCAGGUCCGCAGUCGCCUGCUGCUGCUGCAGCCGCAGGCCCGCUACCAGCGCGUUGCCGUGCACCGCGUGGCCGGCCUGCACCGCACCUACGACGUCCUCUUCCUGGGCACCAAGGACGGCCGGCUGCACAAGGCGGUGGACGUGGGCUCCGGCGUGCACGUCAUUGAGGAACUCCAGAUCUUCCCGCCCGGGCAGCCCGUGCAGAAUCUGCUCCUGGACCCCCACCGGGGCCUGGUGUACGCAGCCUCCCACUCCGGGGUAGUCCAGGUGCCCGUGGCCAACUGUGACCUGUACCGGAGCUGCGGGGACUGCCUCCUUGCCCGGGACCCCUACUGCGCCUGGAGCGGCAACCGGUGCCGUCACGUCAGCCUCUACCACCAGCAGCCGGCCUCCAGGCGGUGGGUCCAGGACAUCGAAGGCGGUAACGCCAGGGACCUCUGCAACGCUUCCUUCGUCAAGCCCCGGUUGGCUGCUCCAGUAGGCGAGAAGCCAUGUGAGCCAGUCCCGUUGGAGCCCAAUACGGUGAACACCUUGGCCUGCCCGCUGCUCUCCAACCUGGCGACGCGGCGCUGGCUGCGCGACGGGCUGCCCGUCAACGGCUCGGCCUCCUGCCGGGUGCUGCCCUCGGGCGACCUGCUGCUGGUGGGCAGCCAGCAGGAGCUGGGCAUGUUCCAGUGCUGGUCGCUGGAGGGCGGCUUCCAGCAGCUGGUGGCCAGCUACUGCCCGACGGUGCUGGACACGGCGGCGGACCGGCAGGGGCGAGGGCCCGUCAUCAUCAACACGUCGCGGGUGAGCGCACCGGUGGCCCACGGCAAGGCCGGCCGGAGCGCGGGCCCGUCCUACUGGACCGAGUUCCUGGUGAUGAGCGCGCUGUUCGUGCUGGUCAUCCUGCUGGUGAUCCUGUUCUUCCUCUACCGGCACCGCGACAGCAUGAAGCUGUUCCUGAAGCAGGGGGAGCGCGCCAGCAUGCACCCCAAGACCCACCCGGUGGUGGCGCCCCCCGAGACCCGGCCGCUCAACGGCGUCGGCCCGCCGAGCAUCCUGCCGGACCACCGUGGCUACCAGGCCCUGUCGGACAACUCGCCGGGGCCGCAGGCCUUCACCGAGUCCGAGAAGAGGCCGCUCAGCAUCCACGACAGCUUCGUGGAGGUGUCCCCGGUGUGCCCCCGGCCCCGGGUCCGCCUGGGCUCCGAGAUCCGGGACUCGGUGGUGUGA